UUUGGAUAUUCGGUUUCCUGUCGUAGUACUACGAUAAUCUGUGACUAUGUUUCUUUAUCUGUUCGACACACUGUACAUGUCUCGAGAAUUUAACUAAAAUCAAUAAUAAAUAAUGCGUCCGCCAUUGUGUAACCUUUGUGGUAUUUUUAACGUGUUGUACAAAGAUUAGAGUUAAAAUGCAACGAUCUAAUAAUAGGUACAUCGAAGUACUAUUAAUUUUAUAACAAUGACCGUGUUUUACAAAGUUAUAAUUGUGCUUCUUUUUGCCAAAUCAGUACAUCUUUAUUGUGGUCCAUACAAUGGACAUAUUUGUAAGAAUUACACCACUGGUUACGUUUGGUACAAUCGGACAGGCGGCCUAGAAAAUGAAAAAAUUACAACUAGUCUUUGGAAAGAAAUGAUUUCAACCCUAAAAGAACCAUGUCGGAGCAGGGCGGAGAAAUUAUUAUGUGCUUAUGCCUUCCCUAAGUGCAUCGACAAAAACGGAACUGGAUACCACGGACUACCUCUUUGUUAUGAAGAUUGUAUGGCUGUAAAAAUGCAAUUUUGUUACAAUGAUUGGGUCGUAAUUGAGGAGCAAAAACGCAGAGGAGUGUUUUUCGAAUCAAGAGGUCAUUUCCGACUUCCUGAAUGUGAAAAAUUGCCAAGACUAUCUGGAAAAGGCACUGAAGUCACUUGCAACAAUGCAGGCAUAACAGACAUGGAUUAUAGUCAGGUAACAACAUCUUGUAUCAAAGGAAAUGGUCGCUAUUAUCAAGGAACUAUGAAUAUUACAGAAAAUGGAUUAGCUUGUCAAGCUUGGGAAUCACAGUACCCUCACCAACAUACGAGACCCCCUUUAGUAUUUCCUGAAGUACAGAAUGCAACAAAUUAUUGCAGAAAUGCAGGAGGAGAGGAGCGCAAACCUUGGUGCUACACUAUGGACCCAGACAUAAGGUGGCAGCAUUGUAAUAUACCCUUAUGUGCCAAUUCAAGUGAAGAAUUUGACAAUAUAGAUGGACCAAAUAUUGUUAUGGAGAACUAUUUUACACCAACAUUUGUAUUAUUUUUAUCGAUUGGUGGCCUAGCAUGCAUUUUAGGAAUAGCUUCAGUGACUCUACUGUGCCACUAUUUUUUGAAAAGCCAUUACUCUAAAUUUAGUAUGUCAAGCCGCAGAAACAUGCAAAAUAUGGAUAUUGAUUUAGACAAACUGCCGAGUAAUCUUGCCUAUCACACGACUGGAGCACAGCUCAAUCCAAAAUUAGAAAAAUUAGAAUUUCCAAGAAAUAACAUUAUUUAUAUUAGGGACCUGGGUCAGGGGGCCUUUGGUAGAGUUUUUCAAGCUAAAGCCCCAGGUUUGGUUCCAGAUGAAGAGUUUACCCUUGUUGCAGUGAAAAUGUUAAAGGAUGAAGCUUCUCAUGACUUGCAACUAGAUUUUGAAAGAGAAGCAUGUUUACUGGCUGACUUUGAACAUCCAAAUAUUGUAAAACUACUAGGAGUGUGUGCUAUUGGACGUCCCAUGUGUUUAUUGUUUGAGUAUAUGGGUAAAGGUGAUUUGAAUGAAUACCUGAGAGCUUGUAGUACAGCUACCAACUUCCCACCAGUUGUAGAGAACAGGGAAGACUUACGAUUACUUGUGACACCACUUAGCCAUUUAGAUCUAUUACACAUUGCUAGACAAAUAGCAUCAGGAAUGGUUUAUUUGUCCGAUCGAAAAUUUGUCCAUCGUGAUUUAGCCACGAGAAAUUGCCUUAUUAAUGAUGAUAUGGUUGUAAAAAUUGCCGAUUUUGGGUUAUCUCACAAAAUUUACUUACAAGAUUAUUACAAGGGAGAUGAGCAUGACGCUAUUCCUGUAAGAUGGAUGCCACUAGAGAGUAUUUUAUAUAAUAAGUAUACUUUAGAGUCAGAUGUGUGGGCGUAUGGAGUCUGUUUGUGGGAAAUAUUUUCUUUUGCUUUACAACCUUACUUUGGGAUGACACAUGAAGAAGUUGUGAGAUUUUUAAAGGAUGGGAAUGUUCUUGCCUGCCCUGAUAAUACUCCGCGCUGUAUAUAUGACCUGAUGAAACAAUGCUGGAGCCAUCAUCCCAGUGACCGCCCUAACUUUAGAAUAAUAUACCAAACUCUUGAUAACAUUCAAAUGAUUAUUGAGAGAACUCACUCGGAAUAACUUGUAGUUAUUAAUUAAUUUAUUAGAGUAAUACAUUUUUGUAUGGAUUUAAAUGGUUUAAUGUUUAAAUUGUAGCAUUUACAACUUUAUUACCUAAGUGAAGAAAACAUGCACAUAUGUAAUUAUAUUAAUUCAGCACUUUUUUUGCUGAAAAAUGUCAUUACAUUUAAUUAAGGAUACAAUUAUAGCCAGAAAGAUGUAACUGUGACAUGUUCACUUCAACAUGAGAUUUUCAACAGUACUUGCAAUGUAAUAAGCCUCACCUAUGUAACUUUGCAAAAUGAAGAAUUUGAAUCUUUCAGCUCAAAAUUAAAAACGAAUGUUUGGUGCCAAAAUGUGGCAUAAUCAAUGAAAAAAAUAAAGGUGGCAUUAAUAUGAUAUGAAAACUAUUAAGUAUUGUAAAGAAAAUUUGUCUGAGAAAAGUCACUGGAGUUAAGUAAAUAAGAGAAAUUUAGACAUAGCAUGUGAAUGUCAUUUAUGAGGCUAUUGAAUUGGUAUUAAAAGAAAUAAAUUGUAUAGUAAGUGAUGGUAUAAUAAUGGCAGCAGUUUUGUAAAAUGUGAUCAUUUCAGAAGAGUUUUGUUUCAAUUAAACUUACACAUUAUUCAUAUUUUAAUGCUUCCAGAAUAACAGUUAUUUUCAAUUCAUAUAAAAUUUCAUGUUUAAAUGAACAGACUUUAAAACGACGAAUGUCUAUUAA